AUGGCCACGGAUCAGCGGAAACCACUCCCUUUCAUUGCGAAUUUUGCCGCCGGCGCGAUUGCUGGUGUCUCAGAGAUUUUGACGUUUUACCCUCUAGAUGUCGUGAAAACUCGCAUGCAGCUUGAGACCGGAAAGGCCAAGCAUGGAAUGGUUGGCACUCUAUCGUCCAUAGUGCGGGAAGAAGGUUUCGGCCGACUUUACCGAGGCUUGGUCCCUCCUCUUCUUCUCGAGGCGCCAAAGCGUGCCGUUAAGUUCGCUGCCAACGAUUUUUGGGGGAAGACCUACAUGGGCUUAUCCGGAGAGUCUAAGAUGACACAGCAACUCUCUAUCUUGACAGGUUGCAGUGCUGGUGCGACAGAGAGUUUCGUUGUCGUUCCAUUCGAACUUGUCAAGAUUAAGCUGCAAGAUAAGACUAGUACAUUUGCUGGACCCAUUGAUGUGGUCAAGCAGGUCCUCAGGAAGGAAGGUCCUCUUGGUCUCUAUGCCGGCAUGGAGGCAACUUUCUGGAGGCACCUCUGGUGGAAUGGUGGGUAUUUUGGAUGCAUUCAUCAAGUCCGUAGCAUGUUGGCACCAGCCGAGACGCAGCAAGGGCAGCUAUUAAAUAAUUUCAUUUCUGGAAGUGUAGGCGGUUUCGUCGGAACCCUCAUAAAUACCCCUGAAGUCGUGAAGUCUCGCAUCCAGGGUACUGCCAAGGUCCCCGGAGUCGUGCCAAAAUAUAAUUGGACAUAUCCUGCAUUGAUGACCAUCAUGCGCGAGGAGGGCCCUGCAGCUCUUUACAAGGGCUUCUUGCCGAAGGUCCUCCGGUUAGCACCUGGAGGUGGUGUUUUACUCCUAGUGGUUGAAUUUACACUUGGAGUAUUCCGGAAGGCUCUUGGUCCACCUUACAUCUAA